GAAGGUCUCAUGGAGACAGACAUGGAGAAACAGCUGCUGUGUGCACGCACGCAACUGAAGGUCCAGACACGAAGCAUCAGUGUGAAAACAAACUCAAGAGCUGCUGUGAGGAUGGGUUGCGCGAUCUCUGGAUCCGAUCUGACGGCAGCAUCAGGACCGCACGAGAGGAGAGACGCAGAUGAGCAUCAUCAGACUCCAGCGCAGCUCACACAACAUCAGAUUCACAUCAUCAAAGAGUCCUGGAAAGUUAUCCAAGAGGACAUCGCCAAAGUGGGAAUCAUCAUGUUUGUCCGGUUGUUUGAGACUCAUCCCGAGUGUAAGGAUGUGUUUUUCCUCUUUCGUGAUGUGGAGGAUCUGGAGAGAUUACGCACCAGCAGAGAACUCCGAGCUCACGGCCUCCGGGUGAUGUCGUUCAUCGAGAAGAGUGUGGCCAGACUUGAUCAGUCCGAUCGCUUACAGACGCUGGCGCUGGAGUUGGGCAGAAGUCAUUAUCGUUAUAACGCCCCUCCAAAGUAUUACGGGUAUGUCGGGACAGAGUUUAUUUGUGCCGUGCAGCCGAUUCUGAAGGAGAAAUGGACACCUGAACUGGAACAGGCCUGGAAGAACGGAAGAUGCGUGACGUCAUGUGAAAAGGGCGUAUUCCCCUGUGCUACCCACUUGAGGGGCGCGACCCACAGUUUGAGAAGCCAAACCUCUGAUCUAAAGGUCCAUGCAUCACACAUCAUGGCCACUCUGCAGAGACACUGUUCCAGUACGUCACACACAUCAUGAAGAACGGUUAUCUGGAAGAAGAGAAAAACAAACGCAACCAUACGGUGACAUCCACCAAAGAAGGACCCGACAAGAGGCAGACGGCCAUCUGAAGCUCUCACACAUUCACACUUGUGUAUAUAGUGUACUUAUU